AUGACUGAGACAUCAUACCACUGUGAUAUCUGUGGUAAAUCAUUCUCUAGCGGUGUUCACUUAUCUACACACAAAUAUAUUCAUACUGGAGAGAAACCGUAUCAUUGUGAUAUCUGUGGUAAAUCAUUUUCUGACAGUAGUAACUUAACAAAACACGUACGUCUUCAUACGGGAGAGAAACCAUAUCAUUGUGAUAUCUGUGGUAAAUCAUUCUCUAACAGUAGUCAGGUUGCAGUGCACAAAUGUACUCAUACAGGAGAGAGGUCAUAUUGUGAUAUCUGUGGUCAAUCAUUCUCUCAACGUGGUGCCUUAUCUAUACACAAACGUAUUCAUACAGGAGAGAAACCAUAUUGUGAUAUCUGUGGUAAAUCAUUCUCUUACAAUAAUAGCUUAACAAAACACAUACGUUUUCAUACUGGAGAGAAACCGUAUCAUUGUGAUAUCUGUGGUAAAUCAUUCUCUAACAGUAGUCACUUAUCUACACACAAAUAUAUUCAUACUGGAGAGAAACCGUAUCAUUGUGAUUUCUGUAGUAAAUCAUUCUCUGACAAUAGUAACUUAACAAAACACAUACGUCUUCAUACAGGAGAGAAACCAUAUCAUUGUGAUAUCUGUGGUAAAUCAUUCUCUCAAAGUAAUGACUUAAAGAAACACAAACCUAUUCAUACAGGAGAGAGGCAAUAUCAUUGUGAUAUCUGUGGUAAAUCAUUCAUUCAACAGAGUGCUGUAUCUAUACACAAACGUACUCAUACAGGAGAGAAGCCAUAUCACUGUGAUGUCUGUGGUAAAUCAUUCUCUCAAAGUACUGACUUCAAAAGACAUAAACAUAUUCAAACAGGGGUGAAAGGAAAAGGGUAGUUUCUAUGGUUUCUUGUUUGCUAUAUUUAAUAUUCCUGUGUUGUAAAUUGUGAUGAAAGUAUUUCCAAGAAUUUUAGAUUUUUUCCAUUUGUUUAUGCAGUUUCCUUUCCAUGAUGUAAGGGCCUCUAUACCAAAUCUCCUCCUCCUGACAACCCCACACAUUAUUCUUUUAUUCUUUCUUGAAUAUCGCAUCCUGUAAUUACAGCAUAUUUUAUUGUUUAUUGUAUUUUAAAUGCUUUACUCAUUAAAUACGUUAUACAAUGACAUAAGUUAUUAAUUAUUUUAUACUCAGGAAUAUUGUAAAGUUGUCAAAUAUGUACAUAAACAAUGACCCCCAAAUACAAAACAGAAGAGACACAAAGGAAGAACAUGAGGCAUAAGUACAGUUUAGUGCCCCACACCAGACUGAUUCCUUGUUAGCUUUUCAAUAAUGGUUUCUUUAAAUUAAACUUUACAGAGAUGAGUUUUCAAAUGUCCAGAUAAGGAUUAUUUUCAUAAAAUUGAGAACAAACAUUUUGGAGGAGAUUCUUAUUCUCAACCCCAGCCUGUUUUUAUCAACACUAACUUCAGAACUCGAGGUAAC